UCCGACUUCCGAGACAAAUGUCGAUGAACCGACACCUAAAACGGAGACUGAUGCAGAUCCAAUGUCCGUGCAAGUGUCUGAGCCCAAGGAUAUGGAAGUCAUGUCGAUGUUUAUAGCCACUGGGAUGAUCUUUGGGGGAAUCCAUUGCCUUGCAUGGUCAUUUCCCUUUCCAACCCACACGGAGAUGAUUUUAUGUGAUCAUGUUGAUGAUGAUUUGGGUAUUAUGAUAAUGGUACUUCUUUUACUUGUUUAUGCCGUUGCGCGGGUCAUCCUCCUUGUUCUCACCCUCAGUUCUUUGCGUUCACCUCCGCCUAGUCUAUACCAAACCCCGUCUUGGUCAUCAUUCCUCCCGCACUUUGGAUAGCUGUGUAUGUACCGCGCUUCUGGUGUUUUAUGUACUGCGGGAUAGCCC